AGUGGAUUUUGUUGUGAGAGAGCUUCGGUGUCAAUGGAGGAAAAAGCAUCGAAAAAAUUUUGUUCUUGCCGAUUGACUCAGCAAGAAAAUGGAAGAAUUCGGUGGUCGGUUGGGCAGGAAAAGGAAUGGCAAUCAAAACUAAAGAAAUUAGUUUUUUUACCGGUGGUACUGCUACCGUUGGUUAUUAUUAUAAUUUUGGUCACACGACAAACACUGCAAAAUGGCAAUUUUUCAGACGUUGAUACUAACCAAAGCACCGCUCACGAUUUAGUCGCAUCCGGUACUAAAACGCAAAAAUCAAAUUUGCAAAUAAAUAGGUUGACGAAGAGGCACAUACCGGGACGCGAAAGAUUUUCCUACCUUCCGAAACGUUGUUACAAACUUUAUAUGCGUCUUCUAUACACCCCUGAGGGUGAAGAAUCAUUUGCAGAGACUCGAGUCGUAACUGAGAACAACAUAAAGUAUAAAUCUGAUUACGGGAACGAGUAUCCAACGUACUUUGAUAGAAUCCUAAAGUUCGGCGUCAAUGAAGAAACGCGGAUAAAAAGAAAUGAAAUAUUGAGCAAGAAGUGUGGGAAGAACAUAGUCAGCAGAAAUAAGAGAGGAAUAGCGGCUAAACAACGAAAAGAAUUUCACGAAAACCUUCACCGUUUUUGGACGGAGAAGAAGGGCUACGGCGAAAUCCGCGAAUAUCAAAGUAAAAUAAUGCAAAAGUACAUGAAUUCUGACGUGGAUCCUUGCGACAAUUUUUAUGAAUACGCUUGCGGCAAUUGGAAAAAAUUUUACGACGUCCCUGCCGAUAAAACGGUCUACGAUACUUUCGAAAUGGUCAGGGAUAGUUUGGAUCACAUCCUCAAAAAGUUGUUGGAAGAUAGCGAGGAAAAUCAAACCAAAUACGACCACCAUCAUAACCAUCCUAUUAAAUAUUUUCUACAUGAGAAUUACUCGGCUAACGCCCUGGACGAUGUCACGAUAAAAGUGAAAAAUUUUUACAAGUCUUGCAUGCACGAAGAAAAGAUUAAUGUAAGAGGAGACCGACCAUUGAGGGAUAUUUUAACUGCAUUGGGCGGCUGGCCCGUAAUCACACCCAACUGGAAAAAAUCAGACUUCGAUUUAAUGGGUUUAUUAUCCAGAUUAAGAUUGCUUAACAACGAUAUUUUAAUUACACAGUGGAUAGCUCCCGAUAUAAAAAAUUCCGACAAAUACAUCAUUCACAUUGACCAAACAACAUUGGGACUACCAUCCAGAGAGUAUUAUUUGGAUAGGACCAAUAUAAAAUAUCUUAAAGCAUACAGAAGCUUUAUUUUCUCAGUUGCAAAGUUAAUGGGAGCCCAUCCGAAGGUCGCGUCGCAAGACGUCGACGAUAUAAUCGCAUUCGAAACCAAACUUGCGGCAAUAAUGGCGCCCGCAGAAGAAAGACGCAACAUAACGGAGAUAUAUUUGCGGACUGACAUCGAAUAUUUCGCUAAACAUUUCCCAAAAUUUGCGUGGAAGCUCUAUUUUGGCGUAGUUUUAGGUAAAGACAUUGAUUUGAAAACGCCAGUUGCAUGCUAUUGCGCAAGAUAUAUAGAACAACUUUUUAUUCUGUUAAAUAAGACCAACCCCAGAAUCAUUCAAAAUUAUGUUAUGUGGAGAUUUGUGAGGCACAGAAUAAACAACUUAGACCACAGAUUCCUCGAGCUCAAACAAAAAUUUUAUUUUAUUCUUUUUGGAAGAGAAAGUCAACCACCCAGAUGGGUAUUUUGCGUGGCACAGACCAAUUCAAAUAUGGGUAUGGCGCUGGGUGCUUUAUUCGUCAAACAUUAUUUUGAUGAAACCAGUAGAACAGACACGACAGAAAUGACUAAGACUCUAAUUGGAACCUUCAGAGAUAUGAUUCUGCGAAAAUCUUGGCUCGACCGUUAUACGAAAAAUUUCGCAAAGUUAAAAAUCAACACGAUGAACCUUAAAAUUGGGUAUCCGGAUUUUAUAACCAACGACAGUCAACUUGCUUGUAAGUACGGAGAUAUCGAAAUUCAUCCCGACUACUUUUUUGAAAACAUGCUGAGUAUUUUGCGGCACGCCAACAACAGAGACAGACUGAGGGUGAACUCCGUAGUAGAUAAGGCUGCUUGGAAUGCCGCUCCCGCAGUAGUUAAUGCCUAUUAUAGCAGGACCGAAAAUGAAAUUAUGUUUCCCGCCGGCAUUCUGCAGCCACCAUUCUAUCACAAAUUUUUCCCCAAGGCUUUAAAUUUUGGAGGUAUUGGGGUCGUCAUUGGGCACGAAAUAGCUCACGGGUUCGAUGACAAAGGACGUUUAUUCGAUCACGAGGGCAAUCUUUACUUGUGGUGGAAAAAACCGACUAUAGAAAAAUUCAACGAAAAAUCUCAAUGCAUGAUCGAUCAGUAUAGUAAAUACAGUUUACCCGACCUUGGGUUACCAAUAGAUGGACUUUUGACGCAAGGAGAAAACAUUGCCGACAACGGCGGACUAAGGCAAUCAUUUGAGGCUUAUAACACGUGGCUGAUGCAAAAUUCAGAUGCAGAUGAAACGUUACCCGGCUUAAAUUUAACAGGAAAACAGUUGCUGUUCUUAAAUUUUGCCCAGGUUUGGUGUGGCAAACUUAGAAAAGAGGCAGCUAGAAACCGUAUUAAAACAUCUGUUCACUCGCCGGGGUUGUUUAGGGUGAUCGGAGCACUGAGCAAUUCUGAGGAAUUUUCGCAAACCUACAACUGUCCAAAAAAUAGCACAAUGAAUCCAGAACUAAAAUGCAUAGUGUGGUAAUAAUGAAUACACGCGCAAAAUUUUAAA